GAAGUUUACUGCGCGAAUCAUGUCCCGAUCGCUGGUCCUCACGAUUUGCCGCUGUCGCGCAGCAAUGGCUCACCGAUAGAGAACGGCACUGGGAAGACGAGUAACGGUUAUCGACGAGACGCUGGCUUGGAAGACAUGAAAAUCGCUCACGCCAUCAAAGCAACGCAAGUCGCCAAACCGUAUCCAAAAAUAGUACAUAAAGGAGCCCACUAUGCCGUGGAUUAUGAUGCGCAAACGCGUCUGGAACUACUUCAUCGACGUGACGAGGACAAACUUUAUGAGGCGUUCCAGAAUCAGCGGACGAAGGAGAGCGAACAGUUUGAGUCUGAGACAAAGGAGGAAUGGGAGCGUGCAUUGGCAGACUUCGCUAGGAAGUACGAGAAAGGCCAGGCAAACAUACGAAACAAAGACGAUUUGAUACGACAGCUCACCAUCAAAAGAGAGAAGAAACUUGAAACUCUACACAGUAAACGAAGGGAACGUGAGCGCCACCAAACAGCUGAACUGGUUGACAAGCAAGCACGCGAAAUGCUCGACUUAUUCAAGCAGGCCCGAUCAGAACAAGCUGAUGGUUCCUACAGUAGCGCAGGCUAUCCGUCCACCCCUCCUCCACCACAACCACCAACUUGCAGUAAACGUGAGAUCUACACAUCUACCGAUUACUUUUCGUCAAUCGACGAGGUUGCCAUACAUUGCGCCCGCAGUGAGAUGACCACGUUCACUGAGUUGAUCCGAGCGUUGACGAGCGAAGCACGGAGUGACAUUGACAUGGCACGAGCGAUUUAUCGAUGGAUAACAAUAAAAAAUCUGAACACCAUGAUAUUUGACGACUCAAUCGAGAACGACACACCGAUGGGUUUGCUACGAGGAAUCAAAUAUGGCACAGAAAGCUACCAUGUGCUCUUCAAACGAUUAUGCAGCUACGCUGGCCUUCAUUGUGUUGUGAUCAAGGGAUACUCCAAAUCUGCUGGCUAUCAACCCGGAUACUCUUUCGAGGAUAAUCGUUUCAGAAAUGCGAAGGAAAGCGAAAGUGAGAACCGUAGCGAUGGUAAUCUGCGUUAUGAAUAUGAUGAUCAUUACUUCAUGACGGAUCCUGAGGAGUUUAUCUACGAGUUCCUCCCUCAUGAUCCAAACUGGCAGCUGCUACCACGACCGCUCACAUUGAAACAGUUUGAGCGUAUUCCAUUCGUGAGAAGUCUUUUCUUCAAGUAUGGUCUCUCGUUCGUCGAUAACAAACUGGAGAGCACGCUUUAUACUGACAAGACGGGAGCAACGUCGGUAGCAAUAAGACUGCCGGAAAAAUCAGGCGAUUCCCUGAUUUUCCACUACAAUCUUAAGUUCUUCGACUCGGAAGACACAACUAUCAAUGGCUUGUCACUGAAGCGAUUUGUCAUGCAGUCGGUGUCGAACGGGGUGGUUACCUUCCGUGUCCAUGCACCCACUACUCGUCCUCUGCUGCUCGACAUUUUCGCAAACAGCGUUUCGUCAGCACACUAUCUCACUGGACAGCCAAUAAAGUUCAAGAGUGUGUGCAAAUUUAAGAUAAUAUGCGACUCCUUGCAAGUGAUCAUGGUACCGCUACCGGAAUGUGCUUCUGGUGAAUGGGGUCCAGCGAAAGCAACGCGGUUGUUUGGUUUGCAGCCUGUGUCGCAUUUUGAUGCCAUUGUGAAUGCGGGACGAAGUGUUGAGAUCAAGUUCAGAACAACGAAACGUUUAUGCGAAGUGGUCGCUGCUUUACAUCGCAACCGUACCGAUGAUCGCGUGCUACAGAAGUACUGCCGCACUCAUUUCAACGGCGAUCAGGUUUCUAUCCAAAUCGACUUUCCUGAAGAAGGCCAGUACGGUCUUGACAUUUAUACACGGCAAGACGACCAACUGAUCAACGGACGACAGCUGCUUACUCAUUGUUGCAAAUACCUGAUUCAUUCCAGAAACUGCUAA